AGUGUAUUGGUGUCUAGUAAUGUCAUUCACCGACUCAGGCGUUCUAGUACUUGACAAGAAGGAUCGCAUUGUUUGGCUUGGGGGUCUGGCAGUCUGCGGUGGCUGCUGUGCUCUGGUUGGAGCCCUAUCUCUGCCAAAGUGGAUCCUACACGUCCUCAUAGCCAUCACAGUCCUCUGGAUCAUUGUGCCAGUGGGAAUUCUAUUCUACCGUCAGAGCCGACGAGACGAGCAGCUUGCUGCUAACCUUGCUAUGGAUCUCGAGCUCGGCGAAACUGAGAAGAAGUGGUCUCCCCCAUCAGCUGAAGAGAUUAGUUCCUUCGUUGAUAUGGUGAAGAGUGAAUCCUCUAUGAGUAUAUCUACUAUCGGUACCGCCCUUUCCCCCAAGUCCGACUGUGACGAUCUAUGUCCUAUUUGCCUCGACGAGCAUGGCCUUGGAGAUUCUCUCUGCACUUUGCAGUGUGGUCAUGUAUUCCACGAGAGAUGCAUGGAUGCUCUUGUUAGCCGGAUCUAUGAGGCAACGGCUCGGACUACUUCUCGAAAGAAGUGUGCCGAUGAAGUUAUGGGCAACAUCAAGUGUCCUCUAUGUAGACAGCCAAUGGUGACACCCCCUUCUACCUGUAUCACCCCAGUUUCUGCCUAGGUGAUCCGCAUAUCACCGAAGCUGAGCUAGAUCGCUGGCAUGCCGUAGUAGCCCUUUUUCGAAGGUUUGAAGAUGCUGCUACUCUUGGCGUUGUCUAGUCUUAGUGAUGAUUGCUGUCUCCUGUGCUGUUACGAUUUCUGCAUCAUAUAUUGCUCUUUAUUCUUCUUACUACUACUCCAUCAUCCCUCCCUAUCUAUUUGGGUAUAAUAAGGUGAUGAUAGUUCCGACCUUUUAUACUCUCAUAUAUGAAUUAUCCCAAUGACACACUUACUCCCUUUUCUUUCUACUCGCAGGGUUAUGGAAACUCUCACCCUGUAUCGGUAUUAUCCAGGUUUUAACCUCAUCUCCUCAGUACAGACGCUACUCGACAGUACAGCCGUCCUGUGGAGCAUAAGGCUCUUCUGGAUGUAUCAAAAAGAAGGUAUAUCCAAUCAAUGGGGUUCGUUAGCUUCUGCACUACACAUGGGAGGUUUCUGUCUGGACCGAUGAAGCUUGGUCUUGAUGGUUUCCUCUUUCUGCGUACUUGGUGGUUACUAAGGCUCUUAGGCCUUUCGCA